CAGGACGAGCUGAUGUGGAAAGGGCCAACUCUGCACCAAUCCCCACACCAAACGGCUCCAAUUAAGCCCCAUCUGAGCAGAGGCCAUGGCGUUCUGUGUGCGGCUCCUGGAGUGGAUCUUCUUCUUCUACUUCUUCACCCACAUCCCCAUCACUCUGGCCAUCGACCUGCAGGCGCUGCUCCCACAGUGGGUCUACCCGUCCAGUCUGCAAGAUUUGUUAAAAUGGUACGCCACCCAGUUCAAAGACCCGAUGAUGUUGGAUCCGCCGGCGUGGUUCAAGUCGUAUAUAUUUUGUGAGGCUCUAUUACAACUGCCUUUCUUUCCUGUUGCAGCUUAUGCUUUCUACAAAGGAAAUUGCCAGUGGAUAAGAACACCUGCUAUUGUAUAUUCCACCCAUGUGGCAACAACUCUUGUUUCCAUCCUUGCACAUAUCCUGUUCAACGAUUUCUCAACAUCUGUGUAUCCAGGACCAUCGACAAUGUCACAACGUUUAUCUCUUGUAGCUCUAUAUGCCCCCUAUCUAUUAAUACCAGUUAUGCUUUUGUUGGCUAUGCUGUUCAGCGUAAAAUACAAUCCUGUUGAGGAAAAGAAGAAAAAGAAGUAACGAGGUUUCACCGAAGUAUAACAAAGGAGUAUUUACCUGCACAGGAGAGCCGUAAUCUGCUUUAUUGAGGGGUAUUUUCAAAUAAAAUGAAGUUGUCCUAAAUAGACUGCUCAUGAUUCUCAUGCCAAUUCAAGGACUGUUUUCUACCGAUCAGGAAAUGGAAGAUUUUUAAAUAGCUCACUUGUGUGGCCUCACAGCCACAAGGUGCCUGAGAGAAGAUAACUACAUACUGUAUUCUUUACAUUUUUACAAGAGUCGGUCAUCCACCCCUGAAUCCUGUUCAGUGAAUCCAAUAAACAAGAUUUGCUUUCUCUA